GCCUAGACGGUGUCUCUCUCUGUAUCCCUCUCUCUUUUCUGGGGUUUUCUUCUCUCCUUCUACUGCGUUCUUCGUCGUCUCUUUCUAGAUGGCGACUGGCAGAUCCGCAAGUAUGCCGUCACGGUUGCGGCAGCUUCUUUCCGGCGAAGGGUCCAUCGGCCCCUCUAUUAGGCUCGACGCUGAGCCUCCUCCGGAGAUCAAAUCGUUUAUUGAGAAAGUAAUCCAGAGUCCACUCUCUGAUAUUGCGAUACCUCUCUCUGGCUUUCGCUGGGAGUACAGUAAGGGCAACUUCCAUCACUGGAGACCUCUUUUUCUACAUUUUGACAAGUACUUCAAGACGUAUAUAUCAACUAGGAAUGACCUUCUCUUGUCUGAUCACAUUUUGGAAGAUGCGGAUCCCUUUCCCAAGUACUCUGUUCUUCAAAUUCUUCGUGUGAUGCAGAUCAUUCUCGAAAAUUGUCCCAACAAAAGUUCCUUUGAUGGUUUAGAGCACUUUAAGCUCCUACUUGCCUCCACAGAUCCAGAGGUUCUCAUUGCUGCCCUGGAAACCCUUUCUGCGCUUGUGAAAAUCAGCUCAUCUAAGCUCCACAGGAGCGGAAAGUUGAUUGGAUGUGGUUCCGUAAACAGCUUCCUUCUCUCUAUUGCCCAGGGCUGGGGUAGCAAAGAGGAGGGUCUGGGUUUGUAUUCCUGCGUUGUCGCUAACGAGAGAAACCAGGAAGAAGGUCUGAGCAUCUUUCCUUCCGACUUGGAAAAUAAUCACAAGGAAGCUGAUUUUCGGAUUGGUUCUACUGUUUAUUUUGAGUUGCGUGGACACAGUGCCCAGAGAAUAGAUGAUGGUAGUAGUAGUGCUACUUCUUCUUCUUCUUCAAGGGUCAUACACAUUCCUGAUUUGCACUUGCGGAAAGAGGAUGAUCUUGUGUUAAUGAAGGAGUGUAUAGAGCUUUACAGUGUUCCCCCGGAGCUCAGGUUCUCUCUAUUGACCCGUGUCAGGUAUGCUCAUGCUUUUCGUUCUUCCAGAAUAUGCCGGAGUUAUAGCAGGAUCUGCCUACUUGCGUUUAUUGUACUUGUUCAGUCAAGUGAUGCCCAAGAAGAACUUGCAUCCUUUUUUGCAAACGAGCCUGAGUAUACAAAUGAAUUAAUAAGAAUUGUCAGAUCUGAAGAACCAAUCCCCGGAACCAUUAGAACUCUUGCCAUGCUUGCAUUGGGCGCUCAAUUGGCUGUAUACUCCGCCUCUCAUGAUCGAGCCAGGAUUCUAAGCAGAUCUAGCAUCAGUUUCGCCGUAGGCAACAGAAUGAUUCUGCUUAAUGUGCUUCAGAAAGCCGUUCUCUCUCUGAAGAUUUCUAGUGAUCCAUCAUCUAUUGCUUUUGUUGAGGCGCUACUUCAGUUUUAUUUGCUUCACAUUGUUUCAUCAUCGUCAUCUGGAAGCACUAUAAGGGGGUCUGGCAUGGUUCCCACAUUUCUCCCUCUCUUGGAGUAUACUGAUCCGAGUCACCUGCAUCUUGUGUAUUUGGCCGUUAAAGCACUACAGAAGCUCAUGGAUUAUAGCAGUUCUGCAGUUCCUCUACUCCGGGAUCUUGGGGGAGUAGAACUUUUGUCUCAGAGGUUAGAGUUAGAGGUUCAUCACAUUCUUAAGUUGACUGGAGAGAACAACAGUGAUAUGGUGGUUGGUGAAUCUUUAGAAAUAAAUGGUGAUCAGUUGCUCUCUCGAAAGAGACUCAUCAAGGUUCUUUUGAAGUCUCUUGGUUCUUCUACGUAUACUCCUGGAAAUGCGAAUAGGUCUCAAAGUUCUCAGGAGAGCACGUUGCCUGCCACUUUGUCUUUGAUAUACAGGAAUGCAGAUAAAUUUGGUGGCGAUAUCUAUUACUCAGCUGUGACGGUUAUGAGUGAUUUAAUCCACAAAGACCCCACAUCUCUUACUUCCCUGUUUGAAAUGGGCCUCCCUGAAGCAUUUCUGUCUUCAGUUGUAUCAGGAGUACUUCCUUCUUCCAAGGCUAUUGCAUGCAUUCCAAAUGGCCUGGGUGCAAUAUCUCUUAAUAGCAAAGGUUUGGAGACAGUAAAAGAAACUUCUGCACUGCGCUUCCUUGUUGAUGUCUUUACUACCAAGAAGUAUGUUCUAGCUAUGAAUGAGGCCAUCGUUCCGUUUACAAAUGCCGUAGAAGAGCUUUUGCGUCAUGUCUCAUCUCUAAGAGCCACCGGUGUUGAAAUAAUCAUUGAAAUUGUGGAUAGAAUUGCAUGCUUUGGAGAGAGUGGUUCCUCAUCAUCCUCUGUAAGUACUGCAAUGGAAAUGGAUUCAGAUGUGAAGAACAUAAAUGGCGUCAGUCAUGAGCAGUUUGUUCAACUCUGCAUCUUUCAUCUGAUAAUUCUGCUCCACAGAACAAUGGAGAAUGCUGAGACUUCUCGUCUCUUUGUGGAGAAGUCUGGCAUUGAGGCGUUACUUAAGCUUCUCUUGCGACCUAGCAUUGCUCAGUCUUCUGAAGGGGUGUCUAUUGCCUUGCACAGCACCAUUGUUUUUAAGGGUUUUACGCAGCAUCACUCUGCUUCUCUUGCUCGGGCCUUUUGCUCUUCUCUUCGUGAUCAGGUGAAGAAAGCUUUAGGAGGACUGCAAGAUCUCUCGGGGACAUUCUUACUUGAUCGAAAACUUUCUCCAAGCUGUGGAAUUUUUUCUUCUCUUUUUCUUGUGGAGUUUCUUCUGUUUCUAGCUGCAUCAAAGGAUAACCGUUGGAUGACUGCAUUGCUUUCGGAGUUUGCAAAUGGAAGCAAGGAUGUUCUGGAGAAUAUAGGCCAUUUGCACCGUGAAAUUCUAUGGCAUAUAGCAGUUUACGAGAGUGGAACGCUGGAAAGUCCAAAUACUUCUCCCGAGUCAGAGCAAACAGAGCUGUCUUCAAAUGGAACGGAAGGACAAAGGUUCAGUUCUUUUAGACAGUUUCUGGAUCCAUUAUUUCAGAGGAGAACGUCAGGAUGGAGCGCAGAAUCGCAAUUCUUUGAUUUAACAAAUCUUUACCGUGGUCUUGGACGUGCAUCGACUGGAUUUCAACCACGACCAAUCAGUGAUGGUCCCUCUAGCUCAUCAGACGCUUCUGGUAACAGAGAGCUUGAAAGAGAGGGAUCCUAUUAUACAUCAUGCUGUGACAUGGUGAAGUCAUUGUCCUUCCACAUCACAUACAUAUUCCAAGAGUUAGGGAAGGCAAUGCUGCUCCAAUCUCGUAGGAGAGAAGAUACAGUAAAUGUAUCUCCGUCUUCUAAGUUAGUUGCCUCAAGUUUUGCUUCAAUAUCCCUUGAUCACUUGAAUUUUGAAGGCCAUGAGAUUGCAGCCGAGGCAUCAUGGUCAACUAAAUGUCUCUACCUUGGCAAGGUUGUUGACUUCAUCGAUGCUGUCCUUCUUGACAGGCCUGAUUCGUGUAAUCCUGUUCUGAUAAAUUGCUUUUAUGGCCGGGGGGUGAUUCAGACGGUUUUGACAACAUUUGAUGCUACUAGCCAGCUUUUAUUUUCAAUUAAUAGGAGCUACUCAUCUCCGAUGGAGACUGAUGAUGUUAAGGGAAAGCAGGAUGAAAAGGAAGACACAGAUCAUGCCUGGAUAUAUGGUCCGCUGGCUGGCUACGGGAAACUCAUGGACCAUUUCGUUACGUCAUCGUUUAUCUUAUCACCAUUCACAAAACGCUUGCUCGUUCAACCAGUAGAAAAUGGGAAUAUUCCAUUUCCACAAGAUGCUGAGACAUUUGUGAAGAUCCUGCAGUCCAUUGUGUUGAAAGCUGUACUUCCGGUGUGGACUCAUCCACUAUUUACGGAAUGUAGUUAUGAUUUCGUCACUGCCCUCAUUUCCAUCAUCAAACAUGUGUAUUCUGGAGUUGAACUGAAAAGCUUAGGUGGCAGUGGUAGCGCUCGUGUAACAGGUCCACCUCCCAGUGAAACAACCAUUUCAACAAUUGUGGAGAUGGGGUUCUCCAGAUCCAGAGCCGAAGAAGCUUUGAGACAGGUUGGAUCGAACAGUGUUGAGUUAGCCAUGGAAUGGCUGUUUUCCCACCCAGAAGAAAUCCAAGAGGACGAUGAGCUUUCUCGUGCUCUUGCAAUGUCCCUUGGAAAUUCUGAAUCAGAUACAAAGGAGAAUAUUGUAGAUGAAACUCGAGAACAGAUUGAAGCAGAAAUAGUCUCGAUGCCACCAGUUGAAGAGCUUAUAACAACAUGUACGAAGCUUUUGCAGAUGAAAGAACCCCUUGCUUUUCCCGUUAGAGACUUGCUUGUAUUGAUAUGCUCAGAAAACAAUGGAGAACACCGAUCUGGUGUUAUAUCUUGCCUUCUUAGCCGGAUUAAGGAUUGUUGUCCUGUCUUCGAUGACACAAUGAACAAUCUGCUCUCUGCUCUGUUGCAUGUUCUUGCUUUGAUUCUCCAUGAAGACGCAGGUUCCCGCGAAGUUGCGCUGAAGGCGGGUACUGUAAUACUUGUGUGCGAUGUACUCUCAAAGUGGGAUUCUGGUAGUAUUGAUAAGGAAAAGUUUAAUGUUCCAAAGUGGGUGACGACAGGGUUUCUUGCCAUUGAUAGGCUGCUACAAGUGGACCAGAAAUUAAAUACUGAGCUUAUAGAGGAGUUGCAAAAAGGUGAGACAUCUCUGGCCAUUGAUGAGAGCAAACAAGACAAGCUGCAAUCUGUUUUUGGCUCUCCACAGCUUGUUGAUGCUGACGAUCAGAAGAAGUUGAUUGAGAUUGCUUGUACAUGUAUCCGGAAUCAGCUUCCUUCUGAAACUAUGCAUGCUGUUUUACAACUGUGUUCUACAUUGACAAGGAAGCAUUCUGUUGCUGUCUGCUUUCUUGAUUUUGGAGGUGUGCAAGGACUGCUUUCUCUGCCGAGUAAUAGUCUUUUUCCAGGGUUUGACUCAGUUGCUGCGAGUAUCAUCCAUCAUAUUCUUGAAGACCCCCAAACGCUUCAGCAAGCCAUGGAAUCUGAGAUAAAACAUGCACUUGCAACACUUUCCAACAGGCACUCAAAUCAGAGAAUCUCUCCACGCAAUUUUUUGUUGCAUGUGAAUUCUGUAAUUGCUCGGGAUCCAGUCACUUUUAUCCAGGCCGCUCGUUCUAUAUGCCAAGUAGAGAUGGUUGGUGAAAGACCUUACAUCGUGUUAGUCAAAGAAAAAGAGAAAUCAAAAGAGAAGGAUAAGGAUAAGGAUAAGGACAGAGCUGACAAAGAGAAAUCUAAGACUUCUAAUGAAGUUGCAACUACCACUCCCCCUGGGAGCACCAAGGCUAAAGUUUACCGGAAACCUCCUCAGUCGUUCAUUGGUGUUGUUGAGCUGCUUCUGGAUUCUCUCUGUAAUUUCGUUCCUCCUCCAAAAGAUGACAUGGUUGAAGGUGAUUCUACUUCAGCAGACAUGGAUAUUGAUCACGCCUCUACUAAGGGAAAAGGCAAAGCGGUUGCUACCGCACCUGAAGAAAAGAAAGCUCUUUCACAGGACAUGUCAGCUUCAUUGGCUAAAAUUAGAUCAGCUGAAGCAAGGAAGAGGAUAUUUUCUGGCAUUAGCAGUAUCUUCAAUGACUUCAUAGGUACCUCCAAUGGGCUUAGACCUCCAGCUAAUGAAAUACACAUUUUGAUAGAUUUGUUGAGUGAUAUGCUCUCUGCUCGGUCACCUACUGGAUCACAUAUAUCUUCAGAAGCUUCGAAUACUUUUGUUGAUGUUGGAUUGGUUAAAUCUCUUACUCGUACACUUGAAGUGUUGGACUUGGACAACGUAGAAUCUCCCAAAACUGUAACAGGAAUCAUAAAAGUUUUGGAGUUGGUGACUAAGGAGCAUGCCCAUUCUGCUGAUUCGAACUCGAAGAAUGAAAAUGCGAACAACUCAUCUGAUCAAAUUCAAUCAGGAAGAGGAGAUGCUACUGCUGAUGCUUCUGAAGCAGGGGGAAUUUUGCUGCGGUCGAAUCAUGAUUCCAUGACAGCUGAUCAUGCGGAGAAUUUUGGCGGUUCCCACACUUUUGUUGGUUCAGAAGAUGUGACAGAUGACAUGGAGCAUGAUCAAGACUUGAAUGAAGAAUUUGCCGCAGGUGGGGAUGAUUAUAUGCAAGAAGAGCCUGAAGAUGCUAGGGGGUUGGAAAACGGGAUUGGGUCAAUGGGUAUAGAGCUUGAGAUGCAUACCCACGUGCAGGAAAAUCUUGAUGAAGAGGAUGACGAGGACGAAGACGAUGAAGAUCGGGUAAUUUUCAGGUUUGAGGAUGGAUUCAAUGGGCUAAACGUUCUUGAUCAUUUGCCUACUUCAAAUUCGUUGGCCGGGUGGUUGGAAAAGCUCUGUUUGAUGGUCAACUACUUGACGUCCAUUUCACUCGCUCUUUUUACAAGCAUAUCUUGGGAGUUAAGGUCACGUACCAUGAUAUUGAAGCUAUAGAUCCCGAUUACUAUAAAGCCCUGAAAUGGAUGCUGGAGAAUGAUAUUAGCGAUGUCCUAGAUCUCACUUUUAGCGUUGAUGCUGAUGAGGAAAAGCUAAUACUGUAUGAAAAAACGGAGGUGACCGACCAUGAACUGAUCCCUGGAGGGCGGAACAUUAAAGUUACUGAGGAGAAUAAGCAUGAAUAUGUAGACCUAAUCGCCGAGCAUCGAUUAACCACAGCCAUUCGUCCUCAGAUAAAUGCAUUCCUGGAAGGGUUUAGUGAACUUAUCCUUAAAGAUCUAAUAUCGAUUUUUAACGACAAGGAACUGGAGUUAUUAAUAAGUGGUCUUCCUGAUAUCGACUUGGAUAACCUGAGGGCGAAUACUGAAUAUUCUGGGUAUAGUCCUGGAUCCCCUGUUAUCCAGUGGUUCUGGGAGGUUGUUCAGGGAUUAAGCAAAGAAGACAAAGCCCGUCUAUUGCAGUUUGUGACUGGAACCUCUAAGGUACCUCUGGAAGGAUUUAGUUCCCUACAAGGAAUUUCAGGGGCACAGAAGUUUCAGAUCCACAAGGCGUAUGGAAGCGCUGAUCACUUGCCGUCUGCUCAUACCUGUUUCAAUCAGUUAGAUCUGCCAGAGUACCCGUCUAAGGAACAUCUGCAGGAGAGGCUGCUGCUUGCAAUCCAUGAAGCAAGUGAAGGAUUCGGAUUUGGUUAAAACAAAAACCAGCUUCCUUUUUUCUGGCUAUUUCAUUCUAUACAUAUGCCUUUUGGGCAAAACGAAUGAUUUUCUGUAAUUCCCACUCUCUACUCUAACGUCCGUUUAAAAGAGUAUGUUCAAUAGUUAUUUUUA